AUGAAGCUAGUAACAUAUGCUUAUCUAUUAUCUACUGUUUCUGCAGUAGUUGUCCCAAGCAAGAGGGAUUUAAGUCGUGGUAAAGUAUUAAAAUUACCAUUUAGGAAAACUCAUAAUGAUAGUUCGUCGGUUGUAACAUCUGAUGGUAGAGUUUUAGUAAAGAGAGAAUCUAGUAAUGAGUUUGCUAUUACUAAUCAAAAGACUUUUUAUUCUGUUGAUUUAAGUAUUGGUACACCUUCGCAGGAUGUCACUGUUUUGUUAGAUACAGGUUCCUCAGAUUUAUGGGUCACUGGUUACAAUAAUCCAUACUGCAUUUCUACCAGCAAGAUUACAUCCCCACUUAAUGAAUCAGAAAGUAAAUCCUCUUCAGGUACAAUUGAUUGUGCUAAAUAUGGUACUUUCAACAAAGGUGAAUCUUCUACUUUCCACGAUAACGAAACCUCAUUCAGCAUUACUUAUGGUGAUCAGUCCUUUGCAAGAGGAUCUUGGGGUCAAGAUGUUCUAUCCCUAGACGGCGUUGAUAUCAGUGGUCUAUCUUUUGCUGUUGCUGAUAAUACCGAUUCUAACGUCGGUGUGUUAGGUAUUGGUUUCGAAGCUUUGGAAACUACUACUGGUACGUCCGGUUCUGUCGCUGAUUCUCAUACUUAUCCAAACUUACCUGUUGUACUAAAGUCAAGUGGCACUAUCGAUACAGUUGCUUAUUCCUUAUAUUUGGAUGAUGCCUCUGCUAUGGAGGGUUCUGUUUUAUUUGGAGGUAUCGAUAGUUCAAAAUAUACAGGUACUCUAUACACUGUUCCAAUUAUCAAUAUUUACGAAGGAUUCUCUAAGCCAAUUGCAUUAGAUAUUACCUUGCAAGGUUUAGGUGUUUCAUCCUCUAAUGGUAAGGAAACUAUUACUACGUCCUCAAUUCCUGUUUUAUUAGAUUCAGGUACAACCUUAACUUACUUCCCAACUUCAUAUGUUUCAUUAGUUGCUGAUACUAUCGGUGCCAGUUAUGUAUCAUCAGGCCUUUACGGUAUGACUUGUCCAAGUGAUGAUGAUGACAGACAAUUGGUUUUCGAUUUUGGUGGUUUCCAUAUUGAAGCUCCAUUGAGUUCCUUCUUAAUCACAUCGUCUAGUGGUAGCAAUGUUUGUUUCUUAGGUAUGGUUGCUCAAGAUAGUCUUCCAGCGAUUCUAGGUGAUUUAUUUUUAACUCACGCUUAUGUUGUGUAUGAUUUGGACAACUACGAAAUCUCAAUGGCUCAAGCUUCAUACACUGAUGCUGAAGAAGAUAUUGAAGCUAUUUUAUCUUCUGUUCCAGAUGCCGUUAAUGCUCCAGGGUACUCUAAUACUUGGGAUGGUAACCAAGUAUAUACAUCCGGUGGUAAUAUCUUCACACUAGAUAAUGAUAAUGUAUCUCCAACUACCACUACAACAUCUGCUCCAACUUCAUCACCAACAGUUACAACUUCUAGUUUCAUUGCUUCCACUUCUGCUACUGCCCAAUGUAAUGAUGGAGAUUUCUUCGACAACAUUUUAUGUUUUUUGGAUAGCAUUUUGUAA